CAGCCGACGAUUACGGGUGUCUGAGUGGGACCCUUUCACUUUCCACACCCAAUACAUCUCUCCAUUUCUUCAGUCUCUCUCUUUCUCCCUUUCUCUCUUUCUCUCUCACUCACUCAAACCUUUUCUUUUGUUCUCUCUCUCUCUCUCUCUCUCUCUCUCUCUCUCUGUCUUUUCAUGGCGACUGCUUCUUCAUCUCGCGAGGGCCACUACAGAGGCGUGAGGAAGAGGCCGUGGGGCCGAUACGCCGCCGAAAUCCGAGACCCUUGGAAGAAGACCAGGGUUUGGUUGGGUACAUUCGACACACCCGAAGAAGCUGCUCUCGCUUAUGACGGCGCAGCCAGAUCACUCCGCGGCGCCAAGGCCAAGACCAACUUCCCGGCGCCGGUUCCCGGCGGUCUUUCUCUGGACCUGAACAUCCCCUCCGCCGCCCACUGGGCCUCUCACUCCGGCCGCUUGGUCGAGUUCCUCCACACAGGCGUCUUGAACGACAUGAGCUGCGGCGAUGCAACACCCGAUACGACGUCGUUGGUGAGCAAGAGGGAACAACCUCAACCUCCUGUUGGUGUUGUAGGAAAUGUUGGCGGCGUCGCAGGUGGUACGGUCGCAGAGGGUUCGAGUACGGCGUCGUAUUUAGGGCUUGUACGACGUGGCCUGCCUAUUGACCUCAAUGAGCCCCCACCCUUGUGGCUGUGAAAAAAAAAAAGUAGUACUCAUCUGACGGCGUCGUUUUGGGUUUUCCUCUCAUCUCAUCUCAUCUCAUGAUCCCUCCAUAUUUUUCUUUUUGUUUUUAGUAUUUCGCCAUUAUCUAAAGAAAAAAUCUUCACUUCCGUUUUCGGACGUUUGAAGGUUUGAGAAUUUGAGGGAGGGAAAAAGAAAACAAUGUUAUUAUUGAAAGUAAAAAUAUUAGAGAGAGGCUUUCUUUCUGUAUAUAAAUUUAUGUGCUUUUUUAUUAAUGAGACUCUUUCCAUUUCGAUAAA